AUGAAAAAGCAACAAUUAUUUGUAGGAUUAGAUGGUGGUGGAACAAAAACAUUGUCUGUAGUGGUUGACUCUGACGGUAAUGAGCUAGGCAAAUUCGUUUCUACCUGUAGCAACUAUCAUAGCGUUGGUGAAGAGGCAGCCAAGCGAGCAAUCUACGAGAGUAUCUCUGAGGCUGUCAAGAAAUCCGGUGGCAGUCUUGAGGAUGUAGUAGAGAUUUGUUUGGGUAUCAGUGGUGUCGAUCGGCCAGAGGAUAUCGAGUUGGUUGGUGGAUGGAUCCGUUCGCUGCUACCGAAUGCUCAAUAUAAGAUUUUCAAUGAUGCCGUCGUUGCUCUGACCUCUGGUACCAUGGGUAAAUUGUUUGGUGUCGUAGUGAUCAGUGGCACCGGAUGUAUAUCGUUCGGUAUCGAUCACCACGGAAAUAAAACUAGAUCCGCUGGUUGGGGACCGGCACUUGGUGACGACGGUAGCGGAUAUCAAAUUGGUUUCGAUGUGCUCAAGUACGUUUGCAUGGCAAAAGAUGAAACCAACGAUAAGACACUCCUCACCCAAGCAUUACUCGAUAAACUCCAGGUCACCAAAGAGGAACAACUUAUCACUUGGGCAUACGACCCAAAAAACCAAGGUUGGCACAGAGUCGCUGAACUUGCACCGCUUGCAACUGAAUGUGCACUCAAAGGUGAUAAAGUUGCCAUUAGUAUUCUCGAUCAUCAUUCAUCUGCUUUAGUUAAAUUUAUUAAAAGUGUAUUUACAAAGUUAAACUUAUUGAAUGAAAAAGAAGUUCCAUUGGUAUUGGCCGGUGGAAAUAUUGAGAGAGACUGUAUAUUCAGUGACAAACUAAAGGAGAAGCUUGCUAAAGAGCUACCAAAUGCAGUACCAGUCUAUCCUAAAUGUACAGCUGGUAUGGGUGCUGCUUUGUUGGCAUUAAAUACUUUUAAAGAGAAUAAGAAGGAAUAA